AUGCCGAUACCUGACAACGACAUGAGGAUCCGUCUCAAGGCAACGGCGUUCGUCAUCUACUACCAUGCCGACCUAACCAAGGCGCGUCAAUUUCUCCUCGACUUCGGACUGUCCAUCGCGCGAGAAGAUCCCCAAAACCAGAUCUUCUUCAAAGGGUAUGGCGUGGAGCCCUUUGUAUACAUCGCACGUCAAGCCGACGGCAAGAGCAGUUUCGAAGGAGCAGCAUAUGAAGUGGAGAGUAGAGGAGAGCUGGAGUGCGCAAGUCAGAUAGAUGGAGCUACUUCUAUUGCACCUCUCGACGCUCCAGGAGGAGGGAAUUAUGUUAAGCUCACCGACCCUGUAGGCCACCAUGUCUAUCUCAUUCAUGGUCAACAAAAGAAGGAGGCCGAACCGCCAGCUCUGAAGAAGCUGGUCGUCAAUUACGAGGACGAAAAGCCACGAAAGGGCAAAUUCCAGCGCUUUGAGCUCGGCCCAGCUCCCGUUCAUCGCUGGGGUCACUACGGUGUGACAUAUCCAGAUGGCGCGUAUCAACAGAUGUAUGACUGGUACACCAAGACUCUCGCUCUCGCUCCAUCGGAUAUCGUUUACAAAGACGAUAAGCCCAUCACAUGCUUCUUCCAUAUCGAUCGUGGUUUGGAGUACACAGAUCACCAUGCCUUCUUCUUUAAGCGGGUCAAACCGGACUACGAACCUACUGUUGCGCAUUCUGCGUUUGAGACCCAUGACUUCGACGUCGAGCAUUUGGGCCAUGACUAUCUUGAGUCGAAAGGAUAUGAGAGUUGUUGGGGUGUUGGAAGACAUGUCCUCGGAAGUCAAGUCUUUGACUACUGGUUUGAUACCAGCAAGUUCAUAUUGCGUUACAAGGAGCACUAUGCGGAUGGCGAUUUGGUCAAUGCUGAGACGGAGGUAUCGCACGUUCCUGCUGGGCCACAGGCGCUCAAGAUCUGGGGGCCACCUAUUCCGGGCGUGUUUUAG